CCCCGCCUCGUUUCCCCGCCCCUCUUUUCUCCAGCCACGAGUUUGGGUUUUUGUUUUAACUGCUAAAGCGCGUUUGGUAUGGAAGCCAUUUCUUCACCUCGCUUUAGAGUUCAAGUUAACAAAAUUAUUGAGCACAGAAUAGCCGGAGCGCAGCUGGAUAUCAGUUCUCUACACAACUUUUCUCACUUUUGACUGUUUAACCUUUGUUUUUUUUCUUAAAAUUUUUUCCCAGUCUGUUUUUUUUUUAAGUUGCGGCUGAACUUUUUCCGCCGGGCGCGCGCAGCGCUUUGUGUGGUCCAGUGUUUACGGAACCGAGAAUGGAGAAUUAGGCGCGUGCCCGAAAGCGCGCUCAUUUGCGCGUGCUCGGGAGAGGGUUCGGCUGCCCAGGUUCGGGUUCUAGAGUGCGCGCUCGCGCCGGAGAUCCCGCCACGAUGGGAUGUGGGCUACGGAAACUGGAGGAGCCUGAGGACAGCAGCCCGGGCAAAAUUUACUCCACCCUGAGGAGACCGCAAGUGGAGACCAAAACCGACACCGCGUACGAGUACGUGCUGCUGGACUUCAGCCUAGAAGGUAGUCGACCCACAGUGCAGUAUCUGUCCUCUCUGUGUGAGCUGCCUCAGGCCCUGCAGCCAUACUACACUCAGGGCUAUGUGCUGGUCACCUUGCAUCCCAUCAUCCUCUCUGUUGGCCGCACACGCUCCCUGCCCUGCAGCCUGCUCUACCGGGCCAUCCUGACCAGACCACGGUCCAGUAAGAAUGCAGUGGCCGUGUUUCACAGUGUGCCAGUGCUGAGGGUUGAGGAGUGGCCACUGCCUGGAGAUUCCCUGACCAGUGACACUGUGAGAGCACUUAUAGACCGGGUUAACUGUAAUGCUCGGGGAGGCGUGCGCUUCGUGGGCUCUGUGCUCCAACAGGCAGGAGGAGGGAGGUGUAACGGCAGAGUGGCGAGUCCCAGACGGAGCUGUCGCUCCCCACCACACACUCCACCAGGAGACAGAGACAUGGAAGACGGUGGAUAUGGUCCAGAUUUGAGGUUGCUGGUGCUGUUUCACUCCUGGGCUCCAGGUUGUGUUCCGCUGGAUCCACUAGUCUGCUGCUACCACCAAGGGGCACUCUCCAUGCGCGUGUCCAGGAAGGGCCAAGUCGUCAGCGGUCUGGAGGCUGAUUGGCUCGAGCUGACAGCAGCCUAUUACCGCAAAGGCUGGUCAUUAGUUGACUCUUUUGUGUACUGGGACACACCUAAAGGUGAUCCAGUGCCCAGGUCUUUAGAGGGCUUGUUUGUGUAUGAGGAGAGAAGUCCUGCACCUCCUGCCAAUGACACUAUUGUUGUUGAACAGUGGACUGUUAUUGAGGGCUCUGAUGUGAAGACGGAUUACGGGCCACUCCUUCACACUCUGGCUGAGUUCGGUUGGUUACUGACGUGUGUACUGCCCACGCCUAUCAUUCGCCAUGACAGUGAGGGAAAUCUUGCCACUAAACAAGUGGUGUUCCUGCAGAGGCCUGUUAAAUCCCCCUCCAUCCGACAGAACAGCCAGGGUAGCUGUACUCGGAGAGAGAAGGCCAGUCACUCUUUGAAUCGAGGGAUGGGAGCAGCUCACUCAGAGGAGCUUUCCCCCAGUUCAGGGGGCACUGGAGGAUUCCCUCUGUUUGGAGGGGGCUAUCCUAGCGCCCUGUCUCAGCUGGAGGAGGGCGGCUUCGAGCAGGACGACGGGGCAGCUGAGGUCACCUGUAUGUGAUCGACCCACACAACGAACAGUCUCAAUAGAGAACCGGAUCCAAGAUGCUCAGCUCUGUGCUGUGGGAGAAAUGAUUUUUUAUAUCAUGAAUAAUUUAGGUUAAGCUUCCUUGCAUUUACUCUAAACCUAUUCUUAUAUAGAUAAACGUAUAGCACUUUUGAUAAUUUUAUAAAGCCAUAAUUUCUUAAUGGGGUGGAUUUCAUCUCAUUUUUAUACCUUUUAGAGCAAGGCAUGACAGACCUACAAGUUAACCAGCUGCAUAGUACACAUCCAUCACACUACCAGGAUGUUCUGUAAAGGCUUCCAACACACAUCUGCACUGUCACACACCUUCACUGUUUUUUUUUAUUUUAUUUUUUUUUAGUACUUUUGCACAAUACUCAGUUGAUGUUCUUUCUCGUUCUUCACGAAUUACACAUCAGUCAGCAUCUCUUGUCCUCCUGACACCUGCAGAGACUUAAAGCUACAUUUGACUUGGUCACUGAGGUUCAUCUCGGCUCCUCUGCUGCUUGCUGCAGGAUGAGAACGCUUAAUAUGUGUAUUUCAGACUUGCUUUUUAUGGUACUGAGGAUGCCCAGGCUCUGCAGUCAAAACAGUCAGGGAAAAUGCCAUCCUCUUUUGGAUUUUAAAAGGUAUUUUUUAGGGCCAGGCUAUGGAAAAGUAAAUUUUUCAUAUGCAGUGGCCCUAAUGUGGUUCACCCCAUCUGAUACCUCAAAAAAAAAUAUCAGACUGGAGGCUGCGUAUCUGUGUGCAGUUUUGAACUCAGGUGGUGCUACAGAAGGUCCUGUUUUUUUUGGUGUUAGUUCACAGUUCAAAAAGGUAAAGUAAUGCACGUAUUAGUUCUCACACAAGUUCGUGUGCAUGGAAGGAUUGUUAAUGGAAACGGUGUUUUAGUAAAAGACCAGUGUGUGAUCUAACUAAUCACUCAUUCACUUUAGUAUAAUACAUGUUUCAAGUAUUAUGUUUUUGGCUGGAUCAGAGUGAGUCUGCAGGAUAUUUAACUUGACUUUGUACAGCAUCGCUACUCAGAAUGUUAACACUGAUGGAUUGUAGUCACAUUCACAAAGACAGAAGGCUGUUAACAUUCUGCAUUUCAUACUUUUUUCCCUAGUGACUGUGUUUAUCUUGGUUUAAAUUACACUAUAAAGAAAUACAGGUUGUAGAAUAUUAUAAUGCUGUAUAUAGGAUUAAUAAGCCAUGAAAUGCUGAGGUCCUUUUUUCUGUAAGAUAAUUUUUUUAAGUGACCAGUAUAAUGUACCAGUGACAGUAUUUUAAAUAAUGUAAUUCAACACGUAUUGUUGGAGUUAAUAUUUUAUUAAAACAGUUAUUCCCUCA